AUGUCCGACUAUUCAGGGAGACUCAGGUAUCUAGGCCACACAUCAACAUGGAGCUUCAGCUACCAAGUCCUACAGAUGGCCUCGCAGAGUACAGGCAUAAACACUUCUCCAGCUUCUUUUACGCAGUCGCAUGUUGAUGGUCAGCUCUACAACAUCAUCCCAGAGCUCCAGCUACGCCUUGACACCGUGGAGAUAAGCAAUCUUCCUGCAUUAGAGCUUGCUUUGUACUAUGCGCAAACUACAAAAUUUAGAACAUAUCCACUCUAUCAUCUGUUUGAGGGGACGGACUUUUCACAAAAUCUUCACUGCUUCCACCAAGACCCUUCUGAGUAUGCCCUGACACAUGGCCUUUGGUACGUGCACUAUCUUGUCAUCAUGGCGUUAGGGAAAUCCCUUCUUGGAAAGCAAGCAGGUAUGAGGCCCGCAGGAUCAGAGCUCUUCUCCCGCGCUCUGAAUUUGUUACCAGAUGCAGCAUAUUUAUCCAGAGACCCUGUCAGAGCUACUGAACUCUUCUGUUCUGUUGCUCUCUAUCUCCACUGUGUCGACCAUCGAGUUGCGGCUCAUUCCUAUAUUGGCCAAGCCGUGAGGAUGGCUCAGUCUCACGGUCUACACACCGAUAUGCCACCCGCCCUCGUUGGAGAUCGAUUGGCCCAACAUGGUCGCCUUCUAUGGUGGACCGCCUAUACAUUAGAUCGAAGACUUUCAUCCUUGAUGGGAACACCAAAUACCAUUCACAAUGAGGACAUUAGUGCUCCAUUACCUCGGAUUCCAGACAGCGAUCUUCAUUCGGCUGCCCUAUCAAUCCACGUCAAGCUUGCCAAAAUCUUAGGCUCUAUAUCUAUCACCGUGUAUGGCCCGAAAGAAAAGCUCAAAGAUACCUUUUUGUCUACCAUACGCAGAACGCUCAAAUGCAUUGGGGAGUUGGGCGACGAGCUAGCUUCCUUCUCUUCCCGAUCGAUUGGUGAAAUAUCUCGGGUUGCAGCCCAUCUCAAUCUACAAUACAAUCAGAUCGCCAAUAUUCUCUUACAACUCAAGAAAUUCAAUCUGCUAGACGAUUUCUUACCAUUUGACCUUGAGACAGCUUACUCAGCUGCGUUUGUCCUUAUCAUGUCUUCAGAAAUUGAGGCCAAACAUCCCUUGCACGAAGCAUCUCUUGCAGCUUUGCUCGACGUGUUUGACGCCAUGGUGGCCGGCGGAAAUCUAGUAGCUAGUUCACGGAAAGCAGAGGUGGAAGAGCUGGCCUACUCACUAAGAAAGCAAUUUUGUCAAAACACCAAUGACGACACCACUUCUGCCAGAGCUUUGCCUUCAGAUGAGGGGCCCGAUGCCAGACUUGGCGGUCAAUUUAGCUUGCCGAGUACCAGUGGAUCACUCUUUGAGGGAUGGAGUCCCGAGAAUCUUUACACUGGCUCCCGAAUUGAAGGCUUGGCCGAUUCCCUGACAAUGGAGGAACUUAAUGAUCUAUGGGUCUAA